AUGUAUACUUUGAUAGAAAUCCUUUUGGGCCUUGGAGUGCUUGGCACUCUGGUGACAGUCAUAUCUGCAUGUGUUUGUGGUUGCAGAAAUUCCAAUCAGAAAAGUGAGUUGGUUGGCACAGCGGGAGUGGUCAAAAUUCAUUUGGAUGAGGAGGCUCCAUCCCCAACGCCAACCACUCCAGCUUCUAUUAAGCGAGCCUCUACUCAAAAUAGUCAGCGAAGUUUACCAGAAAUACCACAUCCAGUUGGCAGACAUGAUAGUGGAGAUACGGCUUCAGAAAUUUAUGCAACAGUUAAUUUGGAUGAAGCGAACAAGGUCGCUGCAACGACGUCAAGAGAUCACCCAUACGAGCAUGCCUACGCCAAACUGCAAAAUGAAAGCCAUAAUAUAACUGUUGAAAUAACGACGGACGAAAGUUCCGAAGUCGAGAUUCAAAUAGAUGAGAGGGAAGCGACGCCGUCAGCUGCAGAAUCAGUGCCGAUUUCGGCAUCCGUGGCCAUAAGCGGCCAAUUGCCGUCGAGUCAGGAGCUGCCUUACAUUACACCGCCUUCGCCGAGACCGAUCCCCGAGCCCGCAGUUCACUUUAGUGGGGAUUCAACUGAUUCUGCCAAGGGCUACACAAGUAUAUCAGUACGGGAGCCACUGAGUAACAUUCGUGCUCAAACCAUCAAACCAUCUCAACCCCACUAUGCCACCGUAUCUGAUGAUUCUGACGAAAUGUACGCGGCAAUAGAAGAAGCGAGCGUCGGCGAAGGUUCGGACACGUACGCUCAGAUUCCGGACCCGCGAACACGAAGGACCACGACUCAAGCGAUUAUUCAACAACCACCCUCAGAUAACACACAUACACACGAAGUUACUGUUCAUGCAAGGAGAAGUGCACCACCUGAAGUCGGUGCCUCGACAUCUCAUAGUACACAUUCUCGACAAGCAUCAAUGUCGUCAUGUUCGAACUCCGCGGGUGCGUUAGGAUCUCCGAAGCCAGAGAAGCGUCAGGCAAACUCACCUUUACCUCCACCGCCGCAAGCGCACGAUCCCAAACAUCACCGGAUAAAUAGUGCCAGUGAUCUCCACUUCAAUCAUGAUAAACUCAGGCGAAGUCUUAACGAAAAGCACCAACGAAACAACAGCUGUGUCAGUUCCUCGGACUUCUACGGCUGCAACUAUCCCGUUGAAAAACACCGGUUUAGUUCCGGGGACUUGAUAAGACCCCUCGUCGCUAAAGAACUCAAUUUUGACAUUGAUCAAAAGGAACAAGCGGAUAAUCUGUACAAUUCCAUCGAAGGACCAAAUCUGAGCGACUACUCUUCCGCCGACGCUAAUACUAGUAUAAACUCGGAGCGGGCCACGGAAAGCCCUUCCAGAAACGUCGAAGAAAUGUACGCAAAGGUGAUAAAGAAAGCUAAAACGAAAGAAGAGACAAAAAAACUCAAAGACUCCAAUGAAGAGAAAUUGAAGUUUCGCGGGGACGAUCCCGGAUACGAGACUAUAGAUCGAAAACAAUCCGUUCACGGAUACGAAACGAUAUCAAGGAAACGGAAGAGCCAGAACCAAGAUCCCGGCUACGAAACGGUAAAAGAAAUGCACAUCGGACAAAACUUCACCAACAAUAACCUCAAACACUUGGAGUCCGACAGUGGACCGAAUAGCAUCAUCAGCAAUGACGCCGGCUACGAGCUGAUAGCCAAAACAGACAACAAUGCGUCGGACUCCGACCCGAACUACGAAGUUUUAAGGAAUAACCCACCGACCCCGCCAUACGCGACCAUAAGUUCCAAUUACAAAGUACAAGCGACGUAUUCCACAGUGAACAAACGAACGGGCAAAUACAGCAGUCUGCCAAACAAUAACGAACCGAGUGUCGAGCCUAACUACGAGUCCAUGACGAAUGACCCGAUAUACACGACUGGGAGCGAAUCGGACCCCAACUACGAGUCGGUGAGGCCUAAAGAGCCGAAUUACGAAAGCGUAAACGCCCAAGACCCGAAUUACGAGUCUCUCAGGGGAAAAGACCCAAAAUAUGAAUCGGUCCGGUCGAAAAACUCCAGACACGACUCGGUCCGGUCCAAAAACGAUCCUAACUACGAAAGUGUGAAAUAUUUUGAGCUUUCGAAGAAGGAGCCGCCUUACGAGAAGGUCGAUAUGGGUGAGAAUUCUGGCAUCGAAAGGUCCGAUUCCUCUGCGGGUUACGAGAGGAUAAAUAUAUCGAACAAUAGGGAACCGAAGAGUAUUAACAAUAGUGAUUGCACCGUGAGUGAUUACUUCCAAGUUUAA